AUAAAUUUUUUACUGCUUUUAUGUUUUUCUGUCUUGUUUUGAAACCAUGACGGUUACACUUUUGGUUCCUAAAUAAAAUUUAAAACAAUUAACAGCCAAGUCACAAAGAUAAAUGGGUUGCACAUAGACUAAGGAAUAAACUUCAGAUUUGUGAUUUUUGUUUCUAAUCUUGAUGUAAAUUUACACUAUUUAUAAAUACAUAUUUAUUGCUUGAAAAUAUUUGUGAAUGGAAUGCUGUUAUUUUUUCCAGAUUACCUGCCAUUGAAAUUUUAAGGAGUUCUGUAAUUUCAAACACUACUCCUAUUACAUUUUCUAUAUGUAAAUAAAACUGCUUAGCAUUGUACAGAAACUUUUAUUAAAAUUGUUUAAUGUUUAAAGUUUUUCUAUUGUUUGAGUUUUAAAAAGAUUUUAUGUACAGUGCCCAGUUUUUGUUCUUUUUUGAAUCUGAUUAUAUAUAUUUUAUAUAUACUCUUGUGCUUGUGUAUAUAUAUAAUAUAUAUAGAAACUCGAAUAUAAAUAUGUGUAUAAAGAUUUAGAGACUAAAUUUUUCUCGUUUUAAGUUUUACAUCUAUGGUAGAUUUGAGGUGUCUACUGUAAAGUAUUGCUUACAAAAGUAUGAUUAUUUUUAAAGAAAUAUAUGGUAUGUAUCCUCAAGACAUAGAAUGACCUUCAGACUGGUUUAUUGUUAAAUUGCACUUUUUGCAAUAACAGACCAAUAAAUAGUUGCUGCCAAAAUGUAGUAGUAGAAAAUAAGUAAUGGCUAAAUUUUAAAGCUCUUCAAGAAAAUACCAACUUUGACAGGAAGUUUGGCACUAGUUUUAGAGGAGGAAUGAAGAAGAUUGAGCUUUGGUGGGGAUGUUCUCUAGAUUUCAACCAAAUUGCAACUUAUAUAUUACAAUAUGUUCUAUUAACAAUUUUAAAAGUUAAGACUGAAUCAUCUUGGCGUCAUUGCUGACCCCAAAAAAAGGACGUUGUUUUGUGGUAUUCUAUUGUAUUUUCACAUAUUUUGUAAUACGAAUUCACUGGUAAAUUUUUGAAGCACUAGGUUUAUUUAGGACAAGUUUAUAAUAUAUCAUUGUAACAGUUUGCAGUUUUAAUGAUGGUAUUUAUUUUAAGUUGCUCCUUUCUCAUUAGCUUCUUGAAAAUGCAUUAAAUCUAAAUUUCAAAAUU